UAUGCUGAAAAACAAAAGUGGGAUCAUGCUAUCAAAUUAAUCCCAGGUGAACACAAACUGAAUUAUAAGGUCUACCCACUGAAUGUAGGAGAACAAGAGCAACUAAAUACACUCACAAAAAAAAGGUUAAAAUCGGGCCAAAUUCAUUCAUCUAAAUCACUAUUUGCAUCA